UAGAAUUUAAAGGAGCUAAUUGAUAAACAAUUAAUUAAUGGAAUUACUUUCGGAAGGGACAUAAAUUUGAUGCGGCAUCUACAGUUCGACUAGAUAAAAUGAGGAAAGGGCAAGAUUUAUGUGACAAUUAUUGGGAGUAUUAGAUAUAUCUGAAAAAUAAUCUGAGAAAAUAAAAUGUGAUCUAAGAAGGCUUAUACAAAGAUGGAAAAAAAUUGGUACAUUAAAUUUUAUUUAGAAUUAUUACUAUAUGAAAAAGAAAACAAAAAUUAGUGAUAUGAUGAUAAUUAAGGAAAGGAUAGGAAAAAUGGAUCUUGGGUUGAAUUGGUUGAUGGAAUCUGUAAGAAAGAAUGAGAUUUGAUUAAGUUAGGGAAGUCGAUUGAAUCGAAAUAUGGUAUUCAUAAUGAUUCGUAGGUCACAUUUUGGUGAAUAAUAAAAUAGUAAAAGGAGGU